GGCGGGAUUUGAAAAGCCGUACUAGCAUACGUGUGCGCGACCGGAAGAGGAAACAUGCUCUAACCGGAUACAUGCCCGACGAUCAGGCGCCCAUGACGAAGCUGGAGAGGCGCGUGGUUGCUCUCAUUGGGAGCAGCUACAUCGACGGCAACGAGUCGGUGUUCGAAAAUAUGCCUUUAGAAGAGGACUUACAGCUAGCUAUGGAGGACGGCGACGACAUAGACAUUGAAGGUAUGGUGCCGCUAUCUGAAGAUAGCAUCGGCACUGAUAUUCGAUUCCCCGAUAUACCUAGAAACUUAAACAGGAAACGUGCGGAAAAGGAGAGCGAUAUCCAGAAUAAAUUUCUGGAAAUCGCUCAAAAGCAAGCUGAAGCUAUGAAGAUGCUGGCAGAAAACAACGUCAGACAGGUGGAGGCAACCUUUUCGAUUGCGCAGGCUAUGACUGCAAUGGGGGAAGGAUUGAAAGCUUGCGCCGAGGUUUUCAACAAGCUUGCAAAUACUAUCAGCAAUUUACUGUAUUACGACGAACGGGCAAGAAAUCGAUUUGUUGCAAUUAAUCUUGAAUCAUAUCAUAUAAGAGUACUAGCAAAUGCCCGCUUUCUUCGCGGCGCCUAAUCAGAUCUUUUGCGUUGGCCAAUUCAAAAAUAGCGUUUAAAAGCACAAGCGGUCUGUAAAGUAAAAAUUUUUAGUUUAAAUUGAAACGACUAGAAAACGGAAUCCUCCUCACACAUAUGCCAAGAAUAGUAGCGCUGUGAUUCCAUAUGGAAUACUAAUCCCUUUCGAUGUAAUGCGUUUUACCUGUGGUGUUAUUUCAGCCUGUGAGAUCUCUACCAAGCGUGCGUAAUAUUCUUCUAUGAUCCUGCAACUUCAGCAUUGGUCCGGUGUACCAUGUAAGCCAAUAAAAGUCC